AUGAGACUGGUCAACCUGUUACAGGUAUCAGUCGCCCUGUUUUCUGUGGCUUCUGCGGAAUCAAUUAUUCCAAAGACGUUUGAAAAUGUUCAAUUGACUCAGAGUAUAGACCUUACUGGCUCGUAUCUCAAGAGGUCGCUAGAUAUCACAGCUAGAAACAUCGCUGAUGAACCUCAGCAGGUGUACAUUGUAGCAGUGGACUCAAAAGCGUUUCCAAACCUAUCAAUUUUGGAAGGCCAGGACAAGUCUACUGGUAGAAGUGUAUUGGCCCGUAGAAUUGAGGACGCACACGACGAUGGUGUCGAAUAUUAUCAACUGAGUUUGCGUGAGCCAGUACAACCAGGUGAAGAAUUGAACUUGCUUGUGGCAGAAGCUUACUCCGGCUUGCUGAGCCCAUUACCAGAAGUCGGCGGUCAAGAUGAUGAACAGUAUUUGGUUUACUCUGGAUCGAAGUAUGCAUUAUCUCCAUACGACACUCUUGUUAGUUCGUUGAAAAUUAAGAUCUAUGGCACUUAUGCCGAAGAAUUAACAAUCGGUGAUGACGAGCCUGAACAAGCAACUGUCGAAGGUUCUGGACAUAUUCUUUCUUUUGGUGAAUAUAAGGAAUUAGCACCGCUUUCUAGCAAACCAUUCAAAUUAAGAUACAGUAAUCCCCGUCCACUCGUUAGAGCUGACAAGCUUGAGAGAGACAUCUGGGUUUCACACUGGGGUGCCUCGGUAUCAAUUGAGGAGACCUACUGGCUAACUAAUAUUGGUACUCGUCUUAAAGACUCAUUUUCAAGACUCGACUACAAUAAGGGUCAGUCUCAAUACAACCUUAAUGUAGCCUCCAUUCGUCAGCUCAGAUUUCCCUUGGGUCCCAAUGCUCGCGAUGCUUAUUACACUGAUCUCGUAGGCAAUGUUUCUACCAGUCACUUUAGAUCCAAUGGUCAAGAAUCUAUUCUUGAAAUUGCUCCUAGAUACCCAGUUUUCGGUGGUUGGCACUAUAACUUCACAGUUGGCUGGUCCCAUGACCUGAGUGACUUUGUAAAGGAUGUUGGCAAUGAAAAUUAUCUGUUGAAGAUUCCUAUCAUCCAAGGACCACAAGAUAUAUCCUACGGUGAGGUCGAUGUUCGUGUUAUCCUUCCGGAAGGUGCCUCUGAUAUUCAGGUUGUUUCCCUUUUUGGAGCCAGCACUGACAUUUCAAACACAUACAGUUUCUUAGACACAAAAGGCAGACCCACUGUCGAGUUCAAGUACAAUAAUUUGAUUGAUGGUCAUCGUUCUGGUGAAUUCUUUGUGCAGUAUACAUAUACUACGGGGGAUUCGCUCAGAAAACCAUUAGCCAUUGCGCUUACUUUUGCCAGCUUUUUUACAUUAUUCCUUGUCUUUGACAAGAUUGAUGUUUCAAUUUUUAGAAAAAAAUAA